AUGGUGGUUUCGAAUAGAAUCAAGUCUCCUGUCAGUUAUUUCCCAAACAUAAUCCCUUUGAAUUUUCUCCCGCCAUUCACCAAACCGAGUAAAGAACCUACAAAAGUCAAGCACUGGGUAGUGAAUGAUAAAAACGAGUAUUUUUAAGAGACAAAUAGACGUUAAUUUGUUAAACUUGGCGGAAAAUUUGUGAGAGGGUGGUGGCUUUUUUCUGCAAAACUUGAUGAUUUGAGGUUACCGCCCGAACGGCGGUCCAGCUCCGGCCAUUUCCAACCAGCCGUACAACGCCUACACCUCGUCGUCGUCCCACUCGGAAUCUCGACGCAACGAGGCUUUUGGAGCUCCACCGACUUCUAACUUCCAAGGUUUUUCUUUUUUUAAGUAAAGUAAAAAGUGACAGUUUAAAAAUUUCUUUGAGGUGAAUUUCCUAAUUUUUUUCAAACUGAAGCUUUUAUAAAUAAAAAAGAAACAAAAACAACUAAAAAAACAAAAAGUUGGUAGAUCAAAUUUUUUUGUUUUUUUCUUUACUGAAUUAUUCUCCUUGAAUAUAACUUUCAGAGUUUCCUGCUUCAAUUAAGUUUGAUUCCUUAAAAUAAAAAUGUGGAAGAAAACGGAAACUUACUUUUUGGAGAAUUCGGAUAAGAUUUACUAAAAAAAAAUCAAGCUUUUUUCACACUAGGAUCACCAGCUUUUUAUAUUUUCACAAGCUUCCUGGCUAUAAUGUUUAGGAGCGGUUUUUCUUAUUGAAAGAAACAAUUAACUAGCCGUGAAUAAAAUCCAUUCAGCCCAAAAAAGGAAAGAAAUUGGUGGCGCGUAUGUGCUCUUGUUCCUUUCUUGGCUCUUACGCUUUUGCUUCAAGCUCUCUGCUUUUCAUUUUGUUUACCCCUGACGCAAAAUUCUAGAAUCACAAGAUUAAAAAAGCAGCUUGCUUGAAAUCAAGAUGCCACUAGACUCCAAAUUUGAAAAAUCUCUUUUUCAAUCUCUUAAACGAUUUUUUUGUUAUAAAACCAUGGCGUCAAAAGUUUUCAAAAAGCAUACAGAACUCCAGAAAGGUCUUACCAAAUAUCCUAAUACUAGGACUUUUUUGUGGGGUUAAUAAUUGUACCGAAACAAAGUUGUAGAUCGGUAAAGUUAAUGAUCUUUUGACCCAAUUUCCUGUCGCAAGAAAAACUUUUUGUAAGUGUUUUCUCGCAGAUUGAAGCUUUUCUCAGAUUUCACAAAAAAAGCUUCUUCUUGCAGUUUUUCUCCAUUUUUACCCAUCAAAAACGUCGUGAUCGUGGCUGAAAGGCCCAUGGGAUCGUAUGGAAGAUUACCCGGAAACUUGUCAGCGCAAACGUUAACCGAUGUUGACGCUGUCGCCCCAGACACCUACUCCCCAUAGGCACAUCAAUUGACACAUCUUCCUAGGAUUCCUCUUUUUUUGUGUUCCAGCAAACGUCAUUAGAGCGGCUUUUGAUUUUUAUCCUUCCGUCUUUUUUUUUGCUUUCAAACGCUUCGAAAUUUCAUUUUGGUUCUGCGAGCAUUGAACGUCCUUCAUUAGAUCAAGCAUGUAGCAAACAAACUCUUUUUUGAAGAGAACGCCGAGAAAAGCGGAUUUUUCAGAACUUGCGAAAAAAAAAUGUUGAGCCUUGAAAAUUGGGAGAAUGGCUAAAUUUUGAUUGGGUUCAAAAAAGAUUCAGAUUUUGGAGCGGAGUCCUCGUUUUUACCAGCGGGAGGUUGAAGACAUAGCUGUAAAGAAUAUUUAAUUGAGUUCAAAAAAAAAUAAUUCUAGCUCUCUGACAUCUGAUUUCCUAGCAUCGCAUUUCUUUUUAGUUUUUCAGUUAAUGAUGUAUUUAUUUAGUGAAAUUUUGUCCGUCGAGUUCAUUUAAUUGAUGAAAAAGAAAGCCGGAAAUGGAAAAGAAGAAGCUUUUUUGAGAGUGGAAGUUAGCGGAGCAACGGACUUGCUUGUGUUCCCAUAGCUCCAAGUCUAAUGUUACAACGUCGCGUGGCUGCGCAUUUAGGCCAAUCUGCAUAUUCCGCAUCUCCCACCUAUCCAACUUUCUCUUUGUUGCACCUGAAAAGGAAUAUUUUCAUAAAUAAAGAGUUGUUGCAGCUCCAAGCGACUUGAUGGCUCACCGUCCAACCUACGACCCGUAUCUCGACAACUUGAAGAGCCCACUCAUCAAGGACGAGAGUGACGGAAAGACUUUGAGACUCAGGUGAAACUUAAAAUUCAACUUAUUUUCUGGUCAAAAAUUUUUGAGAAAAUAAAAUGCCUAAUGAAAGAAAGAUGGAAUUUAAUGAGAAGGUCCAUGAUGAAAAGUUUCAGAUUUGAUGUGGCUCAGUACAAGCCAGAGGAGGUGACCGUCAAGACAAUCGACAACAGACUUUUGGUUCACGCCAAGCACGAGGAGAAAACUCCUCAGCGUACGGUCUUCAGAGAGUACAACCAGGUUGGAUUUUUGUACGUAUAGAAAAUUUUUUGAAAAUGAAAGUUGCACAAUUAUUUAUUUUUUCAGAAAAAGAAAGUUUUAGGUAGUUUUUCGAUAACCAAAAUGAACUUUGAGACAGAUUAGAAAAAAAAAUGAGCAGUUGAGAUUUUCAGAAUCGUUACUUAGUGCGUCGGAAACUGUUUAAUCCAACUUUCAGAGUUUCACAAAGACUUAGAUUGUUAAGCUUUCUUAAUAGAGAGCCUCCUUGGGCUGAUUUUGAGAAAGAAACUGCCUUUUCAGCUUUUUUUUCAGCAGCCAAUUCAGUGAGAAGAAACUUCCUACCAAACGGAAGAAAAUGAUGCUAAAUGACCCAGUAAAUGAAAAUAAUUAAGGAGUUCCUUCUUCCACGUGGCACCAACCCAGAGCAGAUUUCUUCGACUCUGUCCACCGACGGAGUUCUCACUGUCGAGGCUCCUCUUCCGCAACUCGCCAUCCAACACUAA